GUCCCCCAGGACUCGCCAUGGGUCACCCACCUCUGGAGUUCAGCGACUGUUACCUGGACAGCCCGGUGUUCAGAGAGAGCCUGAAGGGGUACGAGCAGGAACUGGAGCGCACCAACAAGUUCAUCAAGGACGUCAUCAAGGACGGCAACGCGCUCAUCGGCGCUAUCAAAGGCUACUCCAGUGCUGUCCAGAAGUUCGCCCAGACCUUGCAAAGCUUCCAGUUCGACUUCAUCGGGGACACCUUAACGGACGAUGAACUCAACAUUGCUGAAUCCUUUAAAGAAUUUGCUGACCUGUUGCAGGAAGUGGAACUAGAAAGGAUGAUGAUGCUUCAGAACGCAGAUAACAUCCUGAUCAAACCCCUGGAGACUUUCCGCAAGGAUCAAAUUGGACUCACUAAGGACCGGAAGAAGAAGUUUGACAGGGACAGCGAGAAGUAUUACUCAAUGCUGGAUAAACAUCUCAAUCUGUCAUCCAAAAAGAAGGAGGCCCAGCUCCAAGAGGCAGAUGUUGUGGUGGACAAAGAAAGGCAGAACUUCUAUGAAUCUUCAUUGGAAUAUGUCUACCAGAUUCAGGAGGUGCAGGAGAGCAAGAAGUUUAGCAUUGUAGAGCCGGUUUUGGCCUUCUUGCAUUGUCUCUUCACUUCCAACAGCCUCACAUUUGAGUUAACACAGGACUUCCAACCCUACAAGCAGCAGCUGCAGCUGAGCCUCCAGAAUACGCGGAACCACUUCACCAGUACCGGAGAAGAAAUGGAAGAUCUGAAGAAGAGGAUGACUGAUGCUCCUGUGGUUUGCAAGCUGAAAGGCCAGAGCACAAUCGAAGGAAUGCACAGCAUGGACCAUGAUGAAGGCGAAGCAGAUCCUGAAACAUGUUGGCUUCUUUGGAGAUGGAGGGAUAUUAUGUCUCUUUGCACAGGGGCCCUCGGCCUUACGUGGGUGAAGUAUUACUGCAAGUACGAGAAGGAGGGGAAGGGAUUAAGCUUAGUUCCUGUAGAGCAGAAGCCGGGCUCCCGGCAGGUAAGCCAGGAGCUGACCCUCAAGUCUUGUAUAAGAAGGAAGACGGAUUCCAUCGAUAAGAGGUUUUGUUUCGAUGUAGAGACCAAUGAGAGACAAGGCACCAUCACCUUUCAGGCCUUUUCAGAGACCAAUCGUCGCCUGUGGAUUGAAGCCAUGGACGGGAAAGAGCCGAUCUAUCGCAACCCAAUUACGAAACGCGACGAAAUGGAACUGAACGAUGUUGGGUUCCGUUUUGUCCGAAAGUGCAUCAAUGCCGUGGAAGCUACAGGAAUGACUACAGAAGGAGUGUACAGGACGGUGGGGAGUAACAUCCAAGUGCAGAAGUUGCUGAAUGCAUUUUUCGAUCCCAAAUGUCCUGGAAAUAUCGACCUGCAGAGCAGUGACUGCGACAUCAAGACCGUUACUAGCGCUUUAAAGUUCUAUCUCAGGAAUCUAUCGGAGCCUAUUAUGACGUAUAAGCUGCAUCGGGAGCUCGUAUCUGCUUCAAAAUCUGAAAACCUGGAUUAUCGACUUGGAGCCAUUCAUUGCCUGGUGUACAGGCUGCCAGACAAUCACCGGGAAAUGCUGGAGCUCAUCAUACGACACCUCUCAAGAGUGUGCGAGUACAGCAAAGAGAACCUCAUGUCCCCCUCUAAUAUGGGCGUCAUCUUUGGUCCAACUCUGAUGAGGGCGCAGGAAGAUACAGUUGCCGCAAUGAUGAACAUCAAGUUCCAAAAUAUUGUGGUGGAACUUCUGAUAGAGCACUGCAACAAGAUAUUCUGUGGACCGCCGGAAGACAGCACAGCACCCCCUAUACCCCCUCCCAGAAUCACCCCCAGAACUCACAAGCCCAUCACCAUCUCCAAACGUCCGGUCAGAGGGAGGAACGGUCUUUACCUUGGCCAGAGCGAAGAAGAUGACACCAGUUCUCUGAAUGGAAACUGUGCGAUCACAAACAGCGACCACCCGCUCCCUCUGCAACGAAAGAAGACAGCACCCCGGGUGGAAGCUCCGCAGAGUCCCGCAGAGCAACAUUCUGACGUCGAUGUAGCCAAGAUGCUCUCUAUGAUGCAGGACAGAGGACCCAAAAGUAAUGCAAACCAUGUCAAUGGAGACCUACCUUUGUACGCUAUUCCCAACAAAGUGUCUCCAGUGUACCCCAAGCGGCCUCUUGUCCGUCCCAGAGAAGGUGAAAGUGAAAACAUCAGUAAAGUUCGCUCACCGGGAGAGAGGCCGGUCAUCUCCCGCCCACCAGUAAGGCCACCAGACCCUCCCAGCAGAGCGGCCCUAACCCCCAAAGCGGACGCUGCCCUGGGUGGAAAGGAGGACGUCCCAGAAUCAGUAGUCGCCUCCCGUACCAAGUUUUUCGAGAAGGCUUCCAGGCCAAGGGGAAGUCCGCCGUCACCUCCCCAACGAGUUCCCAAUUCAGAGGAAAGCUGAAUCUUCAAGGAUCUAACCCUUGUAGUAACCUGGCUGGUCCCAGGACACAUUCCAACCAUCUUGCCAAAGUGGUUCGCGCCGGCAGCUAGAAAA